CUUCAACAAAUUACGGUAGGUUUAUUCUACCUUCAGAUUGGAUUAUCACCAACAUCUGUUGCAGGUCUAUUACCAUUUAUAAAAGAUAUUGUUCCCUUUCUAUUAUAUCCUCUCUUUUUUCUUUUACGGCAAGACCUCACGUAUGCCACAUCUCUCCACAACACCACGGAGGUGGAGUAUGGCAAAAUGCGAUGUAGCACCUCCUGGCCGCAUCGGCCACACUUUUUGCGCAGAUACUGAUGGAAGCAAGGCAUACGUCUACGGCGGUGUUAAUGAUACAGAAGAUAGCUCGUCAAAUUACCUGGAUGACUUCUGGGAAUAUAAUGUGCUUGAAAAAAAAUGGAGUCAAAGGACUCUUACGGGAGUUUUGCAGAGCCCGCGCGCUUUUCACACUGCCGUGUGGUACUCCAAUCGGGUUUUUAUAUUUGGUGGGUGUAAUGGAAGGGGGCGCUUUAAUCAGCUUUUUACCAUAGACGCGAAAGGGAUUUGCUUACCAGUGAACAUCCCUAUGGUGGCGUCGGUGCCUUCUACCCGGUAUUGCCAUAGUGCUGUCCUUUUCGAAGGAUGCAUGUAUAUAUUUGGCGGAAAAUGUGGUGGGCGCAACAGUAAUAAACGGCUUAGCGACCUCUUUAUGUGUUCCCUCGACUUACCGAUGUGGAUUAAAUGCCAGCAGCUUGGUGAGGUGCCGCCCUCGCGGUCCGCCCACACUUCUUUAACACAUGAACGGACGAUGAUGGUAUUUGGUGGUCGUAAUGCCGUAGGGGAGUGUUGUGAUGAUUUUUAUAUGUAUCACUUCGAUACAAGUGUUUGGAGAAAGAUUAUUUCAAGCGGACCGAUGCUCUUUGGCAGAGCCCGCAAUAGUGCUGUGGUGCAUCACGGAAGCGUCUACGUUUUCGGGGGGUGGAAUGGAAAGAAGAAGCUUAAUGAUUUGUUUCUCUACAACAUCGAGGCAAAUAUCUUUGAGCAAGUCUAUGAUCAGGACUGCCCCUCCAGACGUGAAUGUCAUAUGGCUGUCGCCUGUCGUAAUACAAUGGUUGUAUUUGGGGGCCGCUUUCGAGGCCAUUUUAUGAACGACACGGUAGAGUUAUAUUUCGGACCGAAGACGGCAACCGAUGGAAUUAGGGAUUGGCUAAUAAAGGCAAACAUGCCGCGCGAGAUGGCUAAUAUGUUGCCUUCCAGAAUGAGGGAUUCAUUUUUGUUUCACCAUCAGUUUCAACUGAAGAUUACCGUUGAUUAGAAAAUCAAUCCAUCAUUGAUGAACAGAGCUUUUCUUUUCAUGCCUUCUAAAGAAAUAUUCAGAAUUUCUGUUCUUUUUGCUCAA